AUGACUAAUAAUGCUCAUUUUCAGUCCAUUAAUGCAGGUUCUGUCCCAAAAGAAAUUCAAGAGACUCAAACCUAUAUAAAGUUUAUAACAAAACCUGAAUGCUUCCUGAAUUGUUUGGAGAGUUUACCUUUGGCACAAAAUGCUAACCAUUCGGGUGUUGAGGAGGAGUGUCCAGAGUACUUUCAAUGGAUCCAUGAAGAUCUAAAACCAUGGAGGGCCACUGGAAUAUCAAGGGAAAUGGUAGAGAGAGGUAGAGUUCUAGCACAUAUAAGAGUAGUCAUAGUUGGUGGGCGAGUGUAUGUGGAGAACUACAAACGUGCCUUCCAAACAAGAGAUGUCGUUACAGUGUGGGGUAUAUUGCAGCUUCUAAGGUUUUAUCCUGGUAAAUUACCAGACUUGGAUCUAAUGUUCGAGUGUGGUGACAAGCCAGUCAUCCAAAAACAGGAUUUUGAAGGAUCUGAGGCCACGAUUCCACCACCAAUGUUUCAUUACUGUGGAGAUAAUCAGACUUAUGAUAUCGUUUUUCCUGACUGGUCCUUCUGGGGUUGGUCAGAAGUCAAUAUAAAGCCAUGGGAGCUCCUGAAGAAGGAUUUAAAAGAAAGCAGUGACAAAAUUAAGUGGAUGGACAGAGAGCCUAACGCUUACUGGAAGGGCAACACAUUACUAGGUCCACAGAGACGUGGUCUUGUGAAAUGCAAUGUCUCAAAGAAUAAGGAAUGGAAUACUCAAAUCUAUGAUCUGGACUGGCGACGUGAGCGCAAAGAAGGCUUUAAAACUACAGAUUUAGCAAGCCAAUGUAGACACAGGUACAAAAUAUAUGUUGAAGGACAUGCAUGGUCUGUUAGUCAAAAGUAUAUAUUAGCAUGUGAUUCUAUGAGUUUGGUCAUAGAUCCCCACUAUUAUGAUUUCUACUCCAGGGGUUUGCUGCCCACAGUUCACUAUUGGCCAAUUAGUGAGAAUGACAUGUGUGGGUCUAUUAACAAUGCUGUAAAGUGGGGGAACAAACACGCAAAACAGGCACAAGAGAUUGGAAAGGCAGGGAGCAGGUUUGUUCAGGAAAAGCUAAUGAUGAGACAUGUUUAUGACUAUAUGUUUCAUGUCUUGUACCAAUAUGCAAAGCUCUUGAAAUACCAGCCUACUGUUCCUAAAGGCGCAGUGGAAGUGUGCUCAGAGACAUUGAUCUGCAAUUCGAAGGGAUUAAGAAAGAAGUUUCGGUCAUACUCCAUGGUUACUAAUCCUGCAGAGUCAAGCCCUUGCACCCUGCAACCUCACUUUGACCAGCAAAAAAUUCAAGAUCUUCUUAAAAGAAAAGAACAUCUAAAGAAGCAAAUUGAACCGUUUGAAGCUGGUGAAAAUAUCAGACGAUAGUAUUCUUGAACUGCUUAAGAUAUAUUUUACUGCCAGUGAACUGCUACCAAUACGCGGCAUUUUGGGUGACGAGUUGUGUUUGGCAGAUACUUCAGUAAACUAUAUGCACAAAGUUUUCAUUUCGAAUUCCAUGGCCUGGAAGAAGAAAGAAUGUAGUAGUUUUGUUUGCUUAAACUAUUAGAAAGGGAACGAAAAAGAACUGAAUUGUUUGAGUGGGAAUGGGGGACAGAUGUCUCCUUUCAUUUGCAUGGUCAAGAGGAGAUAUCUGCUGAGGAAUUAUUCAGCUCUUGUUCUUAUUCUAGACAAGCGCAAGAAGCAAACUCUGUAUUUGUUGGAUGAUCAAUUAAAGAAGACCUCAUAACAUUGAAA